UGCUGUAUUCUGAGUGUCGUCCGCUAAAUGUACAUACAUGUCGCCAGAUGCAUGCAUGUAUUUUCCAUCAGCGCCGACUCGACUGUAUCGCUGCAUGAAAUUCCACUAUACACAUUUCUAAAUGCAUGUAGAGUGAUUGAUGGCCGACGUAUCAUUCGGUUGACAGUCGACAGGUGACAUUGAAUGUUGAGAGAGAUAGGGAAGAUAUUAUACAUUCAGUAGCAGUACACGACACUGCACGGAUAUUACGGAAACUCCACUUGCUCGAUGUGGUAUACGACCGCGGUGUACGAUGCGAAACGGAGAAAUAUUUAAUAUGCAAGGCCAAGAAGAUGCGGAAGGAGAAGGAGUCCGCACGGAGGCUGCUGCCUGCGGGACCCGGUGAAGUAUGAUUGAUCUCCGAGCUGAAGACGUGUACGGCAGUUGCUGCCACGACUACAUUGCAUCACAGGAACUGAUGAAAUUUAUUCCUCUUGCUUUUUUUGCCAUUUUAAUUGGACCUUUAACAUGCUGAGUGGGCGUGACUGUUCUGUCAAUUCGAAAUUUAACAACGCACCGCUUUGAUUUAAUUUACAUGGCCUGGUUGAGCGAGUGGUACGUAUUAAACGUCCUCGUAUCAUGAUGGAGACUUCAUUGUACAUCGUAAAGCAUAGGUGACAAGUUCAUGAUUGCUCGACUGUAACUGGAGCUGCAUCACCAUGUCAUCGUCAACAUCCCGAAAGAAAUUCCCUUUAGUGCCUUAUGGGUGCAUAUAUAUAGAUGCGUCAUGGAGCGAUGUCUUGGCAGCCAUUCCCUUCUCCAUGGAGCCUGAAAACCACCGGAGUCUUAUAGAGUACAAGUUGGACCAGCUUUGGAACCACGCCCAUGCCACGCCCAGUCCCAUCCUCCCGUGCCUGUCCGUCCGCACGGCCUUCGACCUCUACCUAUCGAUCAAAAGGUACCCGAGGGGUUCGGAGAUGGUGUUCUGCGCCAUCAACAUCCCCGACAUGGCGAGGAUCGUUCGGCAUCAUGGCAUCAAACUGGUAGCCGUCGAUGUCGAUUUGGAGACGAUGACCCCAAAGGUAGAACAUGUGAAAUCCCUCAUCACACCAAAGACAGUAGCCAUAUUUGUUGCCCACCUCUACGGUCGUUGGAUAAACCUUGAGGACAUCAUGGCUGUUGCCAAGGAACAUCAUCUCGACGUCCUGGAGGAUUGUGCAGAAUCGUUCUGUGGCCUCCAGGACCACGGUCACCCAGCUGCGGACAUCACUUUCUUCAGUUUCGGUCUCAUCAAAACCAAUACAGCCUUUGGAGGUGCUAUUGCGGUGGUGCGGGACCCUUCUCUCCUGUCCCAGAUGCGGACCCUCUACCGUUCCUACCCGAUUAGAGGCCGGGCUACCUACCUCAAGAAGCUCCUCAAGUACUCGAUGCUGAUGACCGUUCUCAACUCACCGUUCCUCGUCAAGCAUGGCAUGCAGCUCGCCAGCGCCUUGGGUAUCAACCAUCGGGACAUCAUUGUGAACCAUGUUCGAGGGUUCCCCAAGGAUUUCUUUGACAACAUCAGGAUGAGACCUAGUAUCGCUCUGCUCUGUAUGCUCUAUAGGAGAUUGAAGAACUUUGACCCUAACUCCUUCAGCCUUGGAAAUGUCAAAUGUGACAUUGUAAGUAGGAGAUUGCCACCUGGGAUGCAAGGUGUGGGACUGAAGGCUGAAAAAAUAAACCAUUGGCUCUUCCCUAUUGUAGUUGAUAAUCCUGAAAGAGUGAUGAAGGAGCUAAAUGCCCGUGGCAUCGAUGCGUACAAAGGAGCAACCCAACUUAGCUUGAUAGAAUCCGAUGUAGCAAUCCCAAGGAACCUUGCCAACCCUUCAGAGAAGGUCCAGGGGACUCCUGACCAAUCUCUAGGAUCUACAGAAGACACUACAUCCUGUGAUGAGGAUGGGGGCGUUGGAGAAUCUAGAGACACGGCUGGAUAUGGUUCUAAACUUAGUAAGGAAUUGUUCCAAGAUGAAAGACCAAAGUAUGUAAGUAUUCACUCCAAAGAGGCUGCAGGACAGUCCAAUAGCCAUCUGAGAGAUCUUCCCGCUCAAAGCCAAAGCAGCGAUACUGAAGCAACAGAGACUGCACAGCAUAUGUCACUGCGUCUUCCAGAUUCUGAAAAGCAGUCUCAGAUUUGUGAAGCUCGAGAAUGCAUCACUGGGGUCAGUACAAGACUUCAGUGUGCACAAGUGCCUAAUUCUGGAACUCUUGGCGCUGCCAGCACAGCUGGAUCAGAAGGCCUCUCUUCAUUAAUGCACAACCAGUUGAAGAAUCAGCAAGUCAGCUCUGAUUCAAGUGUGCAAAGUCAGCUAAAGUGUUCUCUAAUUGACUUGCAUCCUCACUACUCUGAUGUCUCUGACCAUUGUGAACACCCUUCAAGCAACUUUGAGACAUCUCUGAAGCAUAGGAAUUCCAGUGACAACAGAUCUUCCACUCGAGGUUCUAACUACCUUUCAGGAACUCAUUCUGAUGACAGCAAUAAAUCCUGCAGUGAUCCAGGUUCUGUUCCUACUCAGAAGAAAUCGAGACUGCUACCAUCUGUUGCAAACCAACUGUCUGGAGGUGGUAUCCAUGGGGGUGCAGGACAAGCAGGGGAAUUCCCAAAGAAGACUUCAGGGGAUUCCCCUAGAGGGACUUUAUCAUUGAACUCCCCCAGCAGGACUUCAGGAGAUUCCCCAAAGAGGAUUCUAGGGAACUCCCUGGCAAAACUGUCAGGGAAAUACCCUGAUGAGGCAAGGUACCUGAUGGACCAUGUGGUGUACCUGCCAGUCCACAAGAAGGUUUCCUUCCAUUAUCUGGAGCAGAUAUGUGUUGUUUUGGAAGAAGUGGCAAGUAUGCUUGCAAAGGAAAAACAGGUCAUGGCCCAAAGCAAGCUUUGAUAUUUAAAUAAACAUAUUUUUUUAUGUCUAUAAUUUGUUUUCCAGGGGUGGAGUUGAAGCUUGGUUCAAGGUGACAAUUUGCCCACCUUGGCCUUAGUCUGAGGACAUGCAAACAAAGUCGGCAGGAGAAACUUCUAUCUGGCAGCCUUGGGUCUUGAAACUCCCGGACGUGAAUCUCCCGGACUCAAAACUCCAAGCCUCUAUUCCAUCACUGAUUUCAUAUUGUAACUGAAUACAACAUAUUUAUAUCUUCUUUGAAGUGCCUUCUUUGGGUGGCAACAAGUAGUAGGAAACAGUGUAAAGGCCUGGAACCCUUUUUUGUCAAGUUUUUCUUGACUUUCUCGAAUAAAGGAUUGUUUUAUCUUAGUUGCGCUUACAUUUAUGAAAAUAAGAAAUAAUGACAACCUUUCGUUGAUGGUGCAAAGUGUGGUCAAUCAAAACUAAAAGUUAUAAUUAUUAAGCAUUGGCUGCAUUACGGGGAACAGGAACCUACCACCCUCAAGCUCCACCCCCUCCCACCCAUAAUCGUUCAAGUGUAUACAAAGAGGAGGAAAUAAAGGGAGACUUAUAUAUAUAUAUAUAUAUAUAUUUAUAUAUGCCUACACUAUACGAAAGGGCGAAGUCUGUGAAUGGAUUUAUUCCGUCAUAAUACACAUAUAGACAUAAAGACAAAGGUAGAGGUUGUUAAGGCGCAUUACGAACAUUGAAAGAAAACAAAAAAAAUUUGCUUAA